UCUCUCUCUUUGCAUCUCAUUCCAUCUAUCGUUAUGGCUCCUUACGCUGCUCUACUGCAACUCUCCCUUUUGGGUCUUGCUGGCCAUGCCUCGGCCGCUGCCAUUGACACUCGUUCUCUCACUCCCUAUGCUCCCGUCUCAGCAAGCUGCCCUAGCACUCCCCUAGUUCGUACUGCCAACAGCCUAGGCUCAGGUGAAGCUGCAUACAUUGCUGCUCGUAAACCUCAGGCCGACAGUGCUCUCGCUGCUUGGUUGCAAAAGACCGAUUCUACUUUCGGUACCACAAACCUACCCACUGUUGGAUUGGUGUUGAGCGGUGGUGGUUACCGUGCCUUGCUUUCUGGUGCUGGUCUCAUCCAGGGUCUGGAUGCUCGUGAUUCCGAUCUCUCUACUAGUGGUCUCUACCAGGCAUUGACUUAUGAGACAUCUCUUUCCGGAGGCGCAUGGUUCUCAACUUCAUGGACCGGUCUGAACUGGCCUACUGUUUCGUAUCUGAGGGACAACCUUUGGUCUCAAGCUUUUGCCGACUCGCUUCUGGUGCCUGCACGUCUCUUGUCUGCUGUCAAAGACAUUGUAGACAAGGCCAAGGCUGGCUUCCAACCCACUCUUAUCGAUGUUUACGGCAGAUUACUCUCGUACCAGCUUCUCAGCACCAACUCGCAAGACCUUUCGACUGAUGGCGAUGUCACAAAGACUUUUUCCAGUGUUAUCACUUCUUCCAACUUCACCAGUCAUGCCGUGCCCUUCCCUAUCAUCACCGCUCGUGGCGUUAACAAUUUUGAUGGAGAGUGUGUUGCCCUUGCCAACGGAACACAAUAUGAAUUCACUCCCUACGAAUUCGGAUCUUGGGACUCGAACAUCAAUGCCUUCACCCAAACCGCUUACCUUGGAUCGAAAUUGACUAAUGGUGUCCCUACCGUGUCUGGCAAAUGCAUUAAGAAUUACGAUAACUUGGGCUACGUAGCAGGAACCAGCUCAGCUCUCUUCAACAAUAUCAUAGGUUGCGGGACUGUCCCUGCCCAGAACAAUACCCAGUCGCUGGUCCAGACCCUUGAAGCCAUUGUGCUCAACGCCCAUAGCCCUGUCGAACGCGAUCUCUACGCCCCUUACCCUAACCCUUUCUACAAGUACCCAGCCUCCACACUCACCAACGCUCAAACCGAAAUCGAACUUGUGGAUGGUGGUGAAGGCAACUCAGCCAUGCCUUUCUGGCCUUUAAUCCAGCCAGAGCGCAAUGUAGACGUCAUCAUCGCCGCCGACAAUGGCGCAGACACCUCCGACGACUUCCCCUCUGGCACUGCCAUCGUUGGCGCCUACGAACAAGCCCAAGCACAAGGACUCACUCGCAUGCCUUUCGUCCCCACUCUUGAUGUCUUCCAAUCUGCAGGCCUCAACAAACAUGCCGUGUUCUUUGGUUGCGAUACCCCCGAUACGGCUACUGUGGUGUACCUGCCCAACAACAACUACACCUACGCUUCCAAUAUCCAGACUGUCAUUAUUCAGACUAGCGAGGCUCAAACGGCUGGUAUCAUUGCUAAUGGCAAUGCUAUUGCUACCCAAGAUGGGGAUGCUCAGUGGCCUGUUUGUCUUGGAUGUGCGAUUAUGAAGAAGACGGGAGCUGCUUUGCCUGAUGCUUGUGACGCUUGUUUCGACAAGUAUUGCUAUUCGCAGUAG